AUGGAGCGGCCCGUGGAGCUGGACAACGUGACGAGAGUUCACGAGUUUGUGUUGCUAGGUUUGUCCAUGAGGCCAGACAUGAGGGAUGUCCUGUUUGCUGUCUUCCUGACUCUCUACCUGCUGACCCUCCUGGAGAAUACACUGAUCAUCUACCUCGUCUGCACUCACAGUGAGCUCCACAAGCCCAUGUACUUUUUCCUGGGCAACCUGAGCUGCCUGGAGGUGUGUUAUGUGUCAGUGACCAUGCCCAGCCUGCUCCUGGGGUUGUGGAAUGGACCUAGCCAUGUGCCCUUCACAGCCUGCAUGACCCAACUCUUCUUCUUCAUCUCUCUCAUCUGUACUGAGUGCACCCUGCUGGCCUCCAUGGCCUAUGACCGCUAUGUGGCCAUCUGCCAUCCACUCCACUACCCACUGCUCAUGAGACCCCAGGUCUGCCUGGGCUUGUCCUUGUCCUCAUGGCUUGGUGGACUGCUGGUCUCGGUGGUCAAGACAUCAUGCAUUGCUAGCUUGACCUACUGUGGCCCCAAUAUCCUCAACCACUUCUUCUGUGAUGUUUCCCCUCUGCUCAAUCUGUCCUGCACUCACGUGGCCCUGACAGAGCUGGUGGACUUCAUCUCCGCCAUCGUCAUCCUCUGGGGUUCCCUCCUCGUGGCCAUAACCUCCUAUGUGGCCAUUGGUAGGGCCGUGCUCCAUAUGCCGUCAGCCGCAGCCCACCGCAAAGCCUUCUCCACCUGUGCCUCCCACCUGGUAGUGGUGGGGAUCUUCUACUCGGCCACCCUCUUCAUCUACGCCCGUCCCAGCCGCAUCGAGGCCAUGGAUCUCAACAAGGUGCUGUCUGUCAUCUACACGGUGGUCACGCCCAUGUGCAACCCUGUCAUCUACUGCCUGCGGAACAAGGAGGUCCAGGCAGCCUUCCACAGAACACUGUGCUGGUCCCGAGGCUGA